AUGGUGAUGUUAUACCCUGGCACCAUUGGCCUGUUGCGUGCACAGUGGGAUUCACUAUUGUACCAAGGCUGGUUCUGUGUAUCGGCUGCAUGGACCGCACAGCCCUUCGACCUGGAUAAUUACACCAAUGCCAACUGCCUGUGUCCAGCCACUGCCACCGGAGGGAAGUGCAUGGCUGGGUUCUACUGCCCUGAGGGCAGCCUUGAGCCCGUUCUCUGCCCUCCAGGGUUUUACUGCCAUGCGCCAGGUCUGUCUGAACCCAGCGGGAAAUGUGCCGCUGGGUUUUAUUGCACAGGAGGAGCAGCCAGCUCUAAACCAACUGAUGGUGUUACUGGGAAUAUCUGCCCCCUGGGCACCUACUGCACUGCAGGGUCAACAAUGCCCAGGCUCUGCCCACCUGGUACCUUUUCCAACCUGCUAGGGCAGAGCAUGGCUUCUGAGUGCCAGUUUUGUCCCUCUGGAUUUUAUUGUGAAGGUUCUGGCCUCAGUGACCCCAGUGGAGAGUGCUGGGAAGGUUACUACUGUGACAGCAGCCAAGGGCCAGUCAGUGAUUUCACCCUUUACCCAUGCCCUCAGGGCUUUUACUGCCCACCCGGAACACACCAGGGCACUCAAUACAGCUGUCCCCCAGGUACUUUUGGUCCCAGGCAGAAGCUGAAGAGUAUCCAGGAAUGUCAGAGAUGCCCACUUGGAAAAUACUGUGAGUUUCCUGGUCUCUCCACCCCAACAGGGGACUGCGCUGAAGGAUUCUGGUGCAAGGGAGGUGCCCGCGUAAGAGACCCAAUGGAUGGAGUAACAGGGCUCCCAUGUCCUCCUGGGCAUUAUUGUCUUGCAGGAACACCCACUCCAUCUCUGUGCCCACAUGGCACCUGGUCCAGCAACGAAGGGAAUAAGAAUCUGUGGGGAUGCCAGCCUUGUCCUGGAGGACAUUACUGCAAUAGCACUGGACUAGUAGCACCAUCAGGACACUGCAGCCCAGGGUUUUACUGCAUUGCUGGGGCCAGAACACCGACACCCACCGAUGGCCUCUCAGGAGCUCCAUGCCCCAUGGGACACUCCUGUCCCCUGGGAACCAAGAAUCCCAUCCCGUGCUCCCCUGGCACUUACAUGCCACAGACACAUGGAGAAGAGUGCUACACCUGCCCAGAGGGUAAAUACUGUGUCCCUCCUCAGAAGCCACAAUUUUGUCCUAAAGGCUUCUUCUGUCCCAAAGGAACAGGUCUUGACUGGCAGCCUUGCCCACCAGGGACCUACAGCCCCGAGCAAGGGCUGGAGAGCAGCACUGGGUGCAGAGCUUGUGAUGGAGGGAAGUACUGUCUGUACCGUAAUGCAACAGAAGUGACUGGAGAGUGCUGGGAAGGCUACUACUGUGCACAGGCAUCAGACAGGCCCAACCCAGAGGCCAGGCUCCAAGGUCAGGCUGGCCCUUGUCCUCCAGGCCACUACUGUCCAAAGGGCACUGCUGUCCCCAAGCAUUGUCCUGUGGGAACCUUCAGCACAAGGAUCAAAUUGAGCUCAGAGGACAUUUUUGCCCCAGGGGCACAUCCAUUCCAUUGGCUUGUCCAGCAGGGUCAUAUAACCCUCUACAAAGGCAAGCCAGCUGCCUUCUCUGUGCUAGAGGGUUCUUCUGUCCUAAGAAUUCCUCUUCUCUUGCUGGGAGUGAAUGUCCAGCUGGCCAUUACUGCCCCCCUGGUACAGCUUCAGCGACUCAAUACCCAUGCCCCAGGGGGACUUACAACCCACAGAUCGGCAGCAGUCAUGUUUCUCACUGUAUCCCUUGUGAUCCAGGGUAUUUCUGCAAUGGAACUGGACUCAUAUCUCCUGCUGGUGUCUGUGAAGCUGGGUUCUAUUGCAUCAGAGGAGCUGUUUCUCCUAGACCUUCCAUAACCACAAGCAGUGGCGGGCCAUGUCCCCCAGGACACUACUGCACAGUGGGGAGCAGCAGAG